ACCACAACAACUCAAUGAGUAGAUAGUACAGGGGAAGAGACAAAGUAAAGAUGCCUAAAGGUAAAGGAAAGAAGAAACAGAAGGAAAAGACAACAGAUGAUGGAGCUGGGUCUGGUGCUGUUUUAAUGUUCUCAGGUCCCUCACAGAUUGUUGAUGAUACCGACAGUAUCUGUAGUUCGAUUCCUGACAGCGUUCUAAGUGAUGAAAUUGUUUCGGAAGGUUUUGAUGACUCAGCAGAUAGUUCUAGCGAUACUGAGCUUCAGUUUCAAGUUUCGGAGGCUUUGGAUAAUCUUGCAGAUAAGAAUUCGAGGACGAGAAUGGCCGCUUUGAAUUACUUAAACGAUAAACUGAAACACAAGAUGGUGGGGCAAUACAUAGUUGGAAGAACUGAGACUCUAAUUGAUACUUUGGUGCGAGGAAUCAAGAGAUCACAAGGAGGAGAAAGGAAGGAGCUGUUGCUCUUGGCUUCUCUCUUUCCACUUCAAUUCGGUGAAGAUUGUGCUGACAUUACUUCACUGCUACUGUCAGUCCUAGUGCCUAUCAUAAUGGAUAACUCUGUUAGCCCGCCAGAGAGGAGUAUGGCUAUAUCAACACUCACUCUGUGUACAUUUCUGCUCUGUCAUGACAUGAAACUAGUAGAGGAUAUUAUGCACCAUUGUGAGAGCUUGUGUAGCUCAUGUAAGAUUGAUCUCAUUGUGUCAGCUGCCAUUAAAGGAUGGUCACUCCUCCUUUCUAUUUUACCUAUUCACAUGAUACCCGCCAUUUUAACCAGGCAAACUCCAAUAUUAACUAAAGUGUUGGAAUCAGCUUCCGAUCUGUCACUAAAAAUAUCGUCAGGCCAAGCUCUCUCUCUCCUUUUUGAACUGACAAGAGAAUGCAAUGAAGACUUGCUAGAGUGUGAAGAGGCGGAAGUCGCCUGUGCUGUUGUUCAGAGUCUUGCCAGUGAGAGUAACCGUUACUCCGGCAGAAAAGAAAGAACCCAGCAAAGAGCCUCCUUCAGGGAUUUCUCUCAAGCCAUAGAGAGUGGCUACGUACCGGAAAGAAGCAUAAAGUUUGGAUCGGAAUCGUUACAAUUGGACUCUUGGGCAAGGUUGAUACAGUACAAUGUACUGACUGAGUUACUGGCUACCGGCUGUAGGACACACCUCAUGAAUAAUGGACUGGUUCGUGAUAUAUUUCAACUGGGGCCUCCCGUUUUACCUUAUUUGGAAACUAAAGCAACUAAAAUUGAGAGAAAGCUCAUAAAUGCUGCAUCAGCAAAAUGGCGUUCUCAGGCCAGAGGCAAACAAAGGGACAAGAGAUGUGUAUUAUAAUUAAUUAAUUAAUUAUUAAUUAGUUUUAAUUAUUAUUAUUUAUCCUGUAAAUGAUUAAAUUUUAUCAUUGUUAUUAUUAUUUUAUUAAGUCUAUUUAUGCUACGUAAAUGAAUUAUUAUUCUUUAAUUUUUAUUAUUAUUUAUUUCAUGUAAAUCUAUUUAAAAUAAUACUUAGCUAUGUUAGCAGCAUUUAUUCA